AUGCUGAGCAGAGCAUCGCUCAGCUGGAGGAACACGACUUCUCGACAGAAGUCUUUGAGGUGUCCGGUUUGUCGCGAGAUUGGAAACCCGGUGGAGCAGGGGCAGGCUCACAGUCCGGGAAGCCCCGGCGACGACAGAGAGGCCAGCGAAGAUGAACACUACGAAUCUUCCGGAGAUGGUAGAAGUAGAAGUCCACGAAGACGAAAUAAUCCUGGAGAUGGAAGGCGUAGAAGCGCUCUUCGCGAAGGAGACGCUCACACUCGAUCUGAGGAGCAUUAUGUCGAACCAGCUGCAGAUCCGUCACUUCUUAGAGAGCCAUUGGAUCCGGUGUUAAUCAAGAGGCUGGCUCGGCUUGUGUGUACUAUCAAUGGAAGCCGCGGAGUGGGACGCCCCUCCUCGGGCUACUACAAAAGACUGCUGCCAACCUGGGAGCGGGUCGGCUUGGACGGCGAUGCGUUGCGUGUGGACUGCGUGGCCUGGCGCGUAGAGGGGGAGCGGCGGGCCGAUGAGGAAAAGCAACGCGAUCGGGACGCUUGCCUCUUCCGACCGCACGCACGAUUUGGGAACCCAGAUGAAGGUGGGCUAGCUCCUGCUACAUCGUCGUCAUCAUCCUCCUCGUUCAGAGAAGCAGUGGAGAAGAGCCGCGCGGCGAACAAUGAGCUGCCUCGCCCACUCGCUGUGUUGGAAGCUGACCCGCGGCGCACCAGAGAGGCGCACUUGCUAAACGAAGAGCGGCAGCGCAAAAAGCGGGAGGACGAACAGAAGGAAAUACUGGCGGAAAGGAAAAGGCUCCUGGAGGAGGAGAAAGCUGCGCGAGCGCAACGGGCUGCGCAGGCCAAAGCCGCAGCAGCCGCGAGGAUGCAAGGGCAGAAGAACCAAGCACAAUAACUAGAGACGCCCACCGUGAUUCUUGAGAAGGACCAUUCUAUGAACGUACGUUCGUAGAUGGCAAAAUAAAUCCGCAAAACUCAAGACGACAAGUUUGAUUUUGUUUUGAACUUUGCUGACGCAUUAGCAUGCCCUUUUUGGUAGGUGGUUCAGGUUCAGAAUGAGCCAUGCUGCAUGCAUUUUUGAGGUGAAGUGCUAAGGAAAGUGCACUGCCUUAUGUAUAUCUUUAUGUUGAUAUUGAUUUUUUUGCUGCUCUCGCAACGGUGUAUAAGCUUAUGCAAGCUCUUACAAAGGACCUACUCGUCGUGGUCUCAGAAGGAUUUAUUAGCUUCAGACCGUAGCCCGCACGCCAGAAAAUGCUGGCAUUAAAGACGAGAGUGCUGGCCCGAUUUUUUUUACAAGCAGAUGAUGAUAAUGAUGAUUGUAAAGCAGACUUGUACACGUACACCGCACGACUGUUGUGCUCCUCAGAACCCAAUCCAUGUCGGCUAUCUUGUUGUAACCUGAUAAAGGUCGCCAGCUCCAGGCUCGAAUUCAGAC